CGCGUUCGUCGGCUCCGGCGCAGAACACCACCAGAGCAUCAGCCAUCCGAAGUCCAAGCCGGUCGUUGACUCCUCCGUGCGCGCGUUACGUUAUAAUAUUAUAUAUACUCUCGUCGUAAACACACCUAUUGUCGUCGUCGCCGCCGCUGUAAAGUUUUUGCGAAAAAAAAAUUUUUGAAAAAAUAUCAAAUAAAAACACCCGUACCGGUGCAGUUGCAGGCUGCGUGCGUGUGCACCGCGCGACGACGAUCCGCCGCGUGGCCACAAAACGGAAAACCCGCGCGUAGCGCAGUAGCGAUUGGUCGUCCAGCGUACGUACACGGGACAUGACCGCUAUAGCUGCAACCGCCGUCCAGCCCGACCGCUCGUAACCGCGGCCGCGCUAUAACCGCCGAACCACACGCCGACCACGGUCGUCACAAAAGCCGCCGAUACAGCAGCCGCCGCAGCGGCUAUCGUCGUCACGUCCAGUCGGAACGUCUGUCCGCGAUCGCCACCACCAUGACCACCGCAGACAAAUCAGUUUUUCGUCACCAUCACUGGUCGUCGUCGUCUUCGUCGUUCAAGUUACUACGUAUAAUUUAUGUACUAUCCCUGUGUAAGUAUACGUGGGCUGAACUUUGUGGAGGAAAUGGUGAAUCGCUGAAAUACUUGCGGGGCGACGCGCUCGUCGAUAAUUUGGAUUGCAUCGGUCCCAAUGGUAAACCUUAUCCAGAGUCGAUAGUAGCCGGCACGUAUAGACGCACUCACAACUGGGGAUCAUCGAGGACAGGACGAGACGCUUUUCACACUGACUCGAAACCUAGUCCCGAAACCGUACGAGAAACACUACUAAAAACCUAUAAAUUUAAUAAUCAUAAUGAAGAUUAUACGAUCAGUAGAACUGCCCGAGAAUAUGGAUCAACACCAGCUGCCAAUCGUGAACUAUGCCAAACUCCGAACAGACUGUGUCGAACCAGGUACAAUACGACUGCACCCAUGUACGGUGUGUCGCUGACUUCUGGCCAACCCGUGACUAUCGUUCAAAAAUUCCCGGAUCUGUUGCAACAAGUCGUUUAUGAAGUUUGCGAAUCAAACGAAUGCGACGUGGUCAGAGGUGAGUGUACGCAAACGUACGUACCAUAUUUGUUUCUGGUAAUACCUUUGGGACCGGUGACACUAACCGGCCAGGAUUACGUGCUCGUGGAAAGUGGAUGCGUAUGCAAACCAAAGGGUUCCAGGUCCACCGCACACGAACUGGUGUCUACGAUUCCGGCAAUGCCUCGUCCGUAGAAUGCUUCUAUAAGUACACAACGGAUAAAAGCCGUUUAAAAGUCAUCGUAUAGAAGAAAUACACCUCGCCGUUUAUAGUAUAUUUAUAUCAUAUAAAUAUAUAUUAUAUAAUAUUGUCGUGUACAAUAUAAUUCAUACUAUUGGAUAUUAUAUUAUACAUACAAUAAUAAAAUACCGUAUCAAUUCGCACUGUAUAGGUACUAUAAAAUUGAGUCAUGAGAAUCGUUCAAAAAUAUACCAGACGCCUCGUUAACUCCAUGACACAUCCCUAAAUAUAUCAUAUGUUUUUCAUAUAUUUAUCCGUUUACUGUUUAAGUACCUGUACGCACUAUUUAUACUCGCGAAUAAAAAUACGACUACGUACAUUAACGUUUUAUUGUUAAGUUCACUCGUUCUACGUUCAUCCCUAAAACUGCAAUGCCGAUGUAUACAUGACGUUUGUUAUUUUGUAGAAAGUCCGUUCACCUCAUCUAAAACACUUUAUAUACGGGGGGCAACUAUAGCUCGUACCUAUAUAACCUCCUGACGUGAAAAAAAUUCUCAUGACACAACUAUACAUAGUUUAUAUACGUAUAGGUACGGGAUAUGCUUUAUUAUUAUAGUGAUGAUAUAAAUUACGUGAUUAUUAUUUAUAUAAUAUAUAAUGCUCAACUUAUGCAUUGGCGCCAAAUGCUUUUAAUUUAUAACGUAUAAAAACAUAUGUACCUAUUUUAUAAUACUGUACGCAGUUUGCCUUACUGUAAUAGUCAAUAUUUUACACAAACAAAUUUAGUAUAUUCUGUACCUACGAUUUUUUUUUUAUUCAUGUGAUACUGUAAUAAUUAUUAAUUAAUUUAAUAUGUAAAAUAAUAAAUUAAGUUAAUUAUUAAUUUUAAUAGAUUAUACCAAUCUAAAAUUUGAAUAUAUAUAAUUUUUUUUUACCAAAGUAUAUCUUAAAUUAUGAAGAUAACAUGUCUAAUAUUAACAUUUCAACUGACCGAAAACUCAGAUUCAAUUAUUGGACAUUUUUAAAAAAAAAAUUCUAAAACUAUAGUGGUAAAAUAUUUGAUAAAAAUAAAAUCAUUAAAAUCUGUAGUGAUUUAUGUAGUAACAUUAUUAAAUUAUAGAUAGUAAAUACUUUAAACAUAAAGUAGGUGUAACCACAUACAUACCUAAAGAUUUUGACGAUUAUACAUAUUACACAGUAUUUGUACCUAUGUACAAAUUAUAUGCUCAAUAAUCUGAAGAAAUAGAAAGUGUUUAGAAAAACAUCUUACUUACUCGCAUUUAUAAUUUGUAAAUAUACAUAAAAUUAUAGAAGUAAUUAAUUUCAUAAGUAUAGUAAAUACAAUUGUACAGUAGGUGCUUUUUGUAAUUUAUUAUUAAUGAGUUAUACAAAUAUUAUAUUUAUUUAUGUGUAAGCAAAUAAAAAAUAAAAUGAUUCUUAAUAAAAUUGUUUGUAUUAUGUAUAAA